CCGGAGUUCUCGGAGAAAACCCAUGCAGGCACAGGGAGAACAUCCAAACUCCACACAGUGGCAUCCAAGCGGCGUACGGCACCAGCAGCAGCAGUAGAAGAAGGAGCAGCAGAAGAAGAACGAAGUAGAAGAAGAAGAACGAAGGAGGAGAAGAAGAAGAACGAAGGAGAAGAAGAAGAAGAACGAAGGAGAAGAAGAAGAAGAAGAAGAACGAAGGAGAAGAAGAAAAACGAAGGAGAGGGAAACAGAGAAACAUAUCUUCUCAAAAUCUUGCCCGACGAUUCUGAAGGCGAGUGUAACGUUAAAUCAGUGGAGAUGAUGGAGCUGGAUGAUCAGUUGGAGGUGACGAUGUCACAGUUUGAGGAGACUUGUGCAAAGCGGGGAAGGUUUGAAUUUGAAAACUUGCCUGAGUCCCAAUGUGAGUCAGAACCUUCCACAAGUGGAUCUCCGUGCAAAAGGACACGCUUGGAAUACGGAUUAUCAAAAAGACUCGAGGUGUCUUUGGUCAGGCUUCCAGAUUAUAAAAUCAGCGCUCUUCGACCACCGACGCCCCCACAAUUUUACAGUGAGGAUGAAUCACUCAGCAGUUCAGAUUCUGAUAUGGAGCAUCAUGAUGAAUCCAGUGAUUCGGAUAAUCCAUCAGCAAAGAGAUCAAAAGCUAAAAAAAAAAAGAAAGUCAACAAUAUUGACCACACCCCCAUUAUUGAUUCAUCAGCAUUUGCCUACGUGCCUCAAGAAACGACUAAGACCCGCCCUGACCUGCCCGAAGAGGAAAUCAGCGUGGGCUCGACUGUGCUGGCCAGGAAGAAGAACUUGAGGUGGCAACGGGGGCAGAUUGUGGAGGUUGUUACGAAAGAAGAUGGACGAUUAAAGUACAAAAUUAUGUUUGAAGAAAAGGGAAGGAGCUUGGUGUCGGGACACCACAUUGCUUUUGAAGUCACGCCGAGGCUGGAACAGGUGUACGUCGGUGCACGUGUAGUGGUCAACUGUCAGGAUGACACGACUCGGUUCCGAGCUGGUAUCUUGGCAGAGCUCCCCACCAGAAAGAACCGCCUAAGGUUUUUGGUGUUCUUGGAUAACCACAGACCUGUCUAUGUUGGCUUAACAUUAUUUUACCUGGUGUGCAGACCAUUACCAGACCCAACAGAUGACAUUCAGGACGACACUCACAAACGUUUUAUGAAGCAGUACAUAAGGGACUGGCCUUACCCUCAUUUAACUCAGUACAAGCCUGGUCAGAAUGCCUCCGUGGAGUUUAAUGGACUCCAGCAGAGGUGCAAAGUGGAGAUGGUCGACUGCAGCUUGAUCAUGGUGGUUUCGGAGUGUAAUCAGCACAAAGAAUGGAUUCACCGUGGAUCCUUACGGCUCUCGCACAUGCCAAGGUUUUUGGAACUGAGGAGAAGAGAAGCUGAAGCAGGUGAACAGUGAUCUGGCUCCAGUUCCAAGUCUGUCAUUGGAAGUGCGACCUAACUAUGAGUUUCUCUGCAUUUUUUUUUUGUGACAAUAAUUGGCUUACUUUUGAUAUGUUUGAGUUAGAUUUCUCUCCAGUAAAUUGUACAAAUGUGCUUGGUGAAUUACUGGGUGGAUUGCGAUAUUUCAAUUUAAACAACCUCUUCAAAGAAAAAAUUUGGUCAGUGUUUAGGAUUUGUUUUUCUGGAAAGGUGUACAUUGUGUAUAUAGUCAUUCCAGAGCAGCUGUGUUUUAGGCAACCAUGUGCAUUAUUUUAAAACCCACUUCCAAUAGAGGUUAAUGUAUCUUCAGAAGGUUUUUUUUUUUUUUUUAAAGGUACAGAGGUUGAUCUGAAAACAGAAUAGUGCUCUCUGUUUUCCAUUCUUCUUAGAAAAAUGUUAUACAGUGGAAUCUUGGUUUAUGAAUUACCAAGUUUAUGACCAUUUUUGGUUUAUCAUUGAAAUUUUUAAAAGAAAAUUUACCUCUGUUGAAGCUCUAUGUGACUGUCUCGGAUGGCCGCGGACACUCAGUGGUAAUUUUCUUCGUAUCAUAUAAACAUUAUUGACUCUGUCGUUUUGGGCAAAUUUGUUCUAAAUGGGCAUCAGUAUAGUGAGGUUAUUUCUUUUAAAACUUUUC